AUGGCUGUCUCCGGUAUCGUCCCCAUCAUCGACUUUGCUCCGUUCUUGACGGGUUCGCAGGCGGAGAAGAAAGAGGUUGCGGAGGAACUGUUCAAGGCCUGCACGGACGUCGGCUUCCUCAUGCUGCGAAACAUCGACUCGCUCAUCCCUCCCUCUCAAGUCUCCUCCGCCUUUGCCCAAACGAAACAGUUCUUCGACCUCCCGAUGGAGGUGAAGGAGAAGUUGGCGUGGGAGUGUCCCGAGUCGAACAGGGGAUAUGUCGCGGAGGGGAGGGAGAGGGUCACGCAGGAGAGUUCGAAGGAGGCGAUUGAGAAGUUGAGGGCGCAGGCGCCGGACUACAAAGAGACGAUGGAGAUUGGCAAGGACUACAAGGAUGGGCCCUACGACUCGCCCUUCGAGAACCGCUGGCCCGAAACCGAUUUGCCCGACUUCAAGCCGUUCAUGAACCAGUUCUUUGAAGACUGCCACAGGCUGCAUGUCGAGAUCAUGCGGGCGUUGGCGUUGGCGAUGGGAUUGGGAGAGGGGUUCUUCGAUGACAAGGUCAAUCAGAAGGCGCACAACCUGCGACUGCUCAACUACCCGUCCAUCGAGAAGGCGAAGAUCGAAGGAGGCGGGAACCGCGCAGGCUCGCACUCGGACUACGGCACCGUCACCCUCCUCUUCCAGGACUCGGUUGGCGGACUCGAGGUACAGGACAAGCAGGGCAACUUUGUCCCCGCUCGUCCCGUAGAUGACACCGUCGUCGUAAACGUCGGCGACCUCCUCAUGCGCUGGUCGAACGACGUCCUCAAAUCCACCAUCCACCGCGUCGUCCUCCCCGCCGACGGCGACCCUUCCGAGCCCAUGACCGCACGGCGAAACAGCAUCGCCUUCUUCUCGAACCCAAACUUGCACGAGAUGAUUCGCUGCUUGCCUGGGACGGGGGAGCCGAAGUAUCCGGAGGUCGAGACGGAGGCGUACCUCGUCAAGCGGUUGGGCGAGACGUAUACGAAAUAG